CGCAACCGAAAAAAAAAACAAAUUUCAAACAGCUUUAAUAUCUUUAACCUUAAUCGCUAAUAGUAAAUCAUCAUUCGUUCGUAAUUGAUAUUUAUCAACAUUGAUGAAAAUGUCGAUGACAGCUACAAAUAAUAAUAAUAAUAAUAAUAAUGACAACAUUAACGGUGAACAACAAGAUCUUACAUCGUAUCUGAAAUCAAUGUUCAUCGAAUUGAACGGUAACAUUAAUGAUGUACAUUCGAAUUUACAACCACAGCCACAACAAACAUCAAAUAGUGCCAUCGAUAAGAUCAUUGUGAAUGGUGAUGGCAGUGUUAUUUCAAACUCCGAUGUCAAACACAGAGAUGAUUGUAGCCGCCAACAACAACAAUGUGAAACAAAAAAAUCUGAAUUAACAAAACCGUUCGUCAUCACCAAUGUUGGCGUUCAACAAAUAAUUGACGAUAAUAAUAACAAUGUUGUUGCGGUCACUGAUGAUGAUGAUGAUGAUAGUCGUAACAAAAUCGAAACAAAAAAUACGAAAGAUACAUUAAAUAAAAUUAAUGGUUCUUGUGCUUCGACUGUUCAAACAAAUAAUUCGAGCACUUCAUCACUAUCAUCAUCAUCAAUGAUGAUGAACGAAGAGAAAAACAAUCAAAGCAUUAUCCUAAACAGUAAUGAUCAAAAACAGGAUAUAGUAAGUAAACAGCAGCCAAAAGAGCCGUUUAAUGACCAGAAUCAGAAACAAAAUCAAAAUGAUAGUCUUACUGAUAAUAAUAAUAAUAAUCUUGGUAAUAAUGAUGAUCAUCAUCGAAAAAAACAAGAGCCAAACAAAAUUAAACAUACGAAUGAUCAUGGUGAUGAUGAAAAUGAUGAUGUUCAAACAAAUACAAGUUCUGAUCAAAUACAAGCACGAGAAAAUUUUAUUGUUGAAUUGAUGCAAAAAAUAGACAAUCGAAAAAAUCAUGAUGAUCAACCUUUCAAUACAGAUAAUAAUGAUAAUCCAACUACAAUUGAACAACAUGAAUCUUCUGAAAUCGAUGAAAAUUUACAAUUGAAUAAUCUCGAAUCGUCAUCUUUAUCAUCAUCGCCUGCAGAAAAUCAAUCGAACGAAUCGGGCAUACAUUCAACUGAAUCAGGAUGUAGCAGUGUUAGUCAAGUGGAAAUAUCAUCCAUUAAUUCAGUCGAAACAAACAACAGCAAUAAUGGCGUUAAUCAACGAUCAAAUGAUCCAGAUAAUCAGAUUUACAGCCGAUCAACUAGUAUGGUCGAAGUUUUUGAUAGUGAUACUAUUCCAGUAAAUAAACAAAAAAUAUCUAAUUUUCGUUUCGAAUCAUUGAAACAAGAACGUCCAGUAACCAGAACUCGUGUAAAAGAAUUACGUGAAUUCUGGAAUAAUCGUUCUUUGAUUGAUAAAGCUACACAAAAUAAUAAAUAGUAAAACACACAUGACAAAAUGGCAAUUUUUAUUUAAAAAUUUUUAUAAUGAUUUAUU